AUGUCGUCUUUAGGUCUAUUAUGUGUCUCUCGUCUUCGUCUUCCUCUCAUUGGCUGUCGUUAUUUGGCAACACAAUCAUCAAAUGUCAAAUCACGAAAUGCAUUACCGUCGAAUCCAGCUCGACCAAAUGAUCCAACUGUAAUGCCAGUGCUCGAUACAAGUCAAUUAUCGGAAGCUGAACAAGUCUAUAUCAGACGAUUCGAAGAACGACACAUGAGAAAUGUUGAUCGGCGAACAAGAGAACGUCGACGAGCAAGAGUUAUUGGUUUAUCAUUCGGAGCAUUAGUAAUUGCGAUUUACGUUUAUACGAUUAUGCGUGUACGACAAGAAACGUUUUUGGAUGAUUUCAGUAUACCUGAACCACCACCACAAAAGAAAGCUGUCGAACUUGACUAA